AUUAUAUAUAUAUAUACAAUUUGUGCAUAUAUAUAUAGAUAUAUAUAUAUAUCUCCCUCCACCGUCUCUCGCUCUGUAUACAUACACACAGGCGGCAGAUUGAAAGGCUGCGGAAUUGAGCUUUAAUUAAUAAAUUUGGAUAUUGACGAAACUUUGGAAUAUAAGAAUAUUCCAUCAAAGAUCCGAUUUUUUGAAUUCUGACCCGAUCUCGGAAGCUGGCGGAUCCCUGAUUGAAGUAGUAUACGUGCGUUUGUUGAUGCUCAUUUAAUUCCAGCUAUUUGAAUUCCGACGGAGUCAAAUUCCUCCGAAAGGAAAGUUCAAGAGGAAGUCGUAUUCUGGUUAUUGAUAUAAUACAAUCUUCAGCUAUUUAGAUAAAGAUGGUUGAAUUCGGCAAAAAGUUGAAGGAAAGGCAAAUUCAAGAAUGGCAAGGAUACUACAUCAACUACAAACUAAUGAAGAAAAAAGUGAAGCAAUAUGCUAAUCAAAUUGAAACUGGAGCGCUGGAACGUAGAUAUGUUCUCAAGGAUUUCUCCAGAAUGCUGGAUAAUCAGAUUGAAAAAAUUGUCCUUUUUAUGCUGGAACAACAAGGCGUUCUAGCAAGCAGGAUUGCGGUGCUUAAUGAGCAACAAUAUGCUCUUCAAGAAGAGCCCGAUAUUUCCAAAAUAUCCGAGCUACGUGAAUCUUAUAGAGCAGUUGGGCAGGAUCUCCUAAAGCUCCUCUAUUUCGUUGAAAUGAAUGCCAUUGGUUUGCGCAAGAUCCUUAAGAAGUUCGAUAAGCGAUUCGGUUACAGGUUCACCGAUUACUAUGUGAAAACUCGCGCUAAUCAUCCUUAUUCCCAACUUCAGCAAGUCUUCAAGCAUGUGGGAUUUGGAGCUGUUGUUGGAGCUAUAUCUCGAAAUCUUGCAGAUCUUCAGGACCGCCAGGGAAGCUACUUAUCAAUAUAUGACCAGCCUGCCCUUCCGCUCCAGGAUCCAGUUGUUGACACAAUAAAAUCAGCUGUUGACAGAUUAACCCACUCAACGAAUUUCCUCAACUUUUUGGGACAACAUGCGCUUAUCAUGCACGAAGAGUUGCCUUCUCCAGUUGAGGAACAUGUUGACGAGGAGAGAUACCAUUUCAUGUCACUCAUCCUGAACUUGGCGAACACGUUUUUGUACAUGGUCAAUACAUACAUUAUUGUUCCUACAGCAGAUGACUACUCUAUGAGCCUUGGGGCAGCACCGACAGUUUGUGGUAUUGUGAUUGGAGCAAUGGCAGUGGCACAGAUAUUUUCUUCCGUGUACUUCAGUGCUUGGUCUAACAAGUCAUACUUCAGACCUCUCGUAUUUAGCAGCAUUAUUCUCUGCGUGGGAAAUCUUAUGUAUGCUCUGGCUUUUGACCUCAACUCGAUAUGGAUACUUUUGAUGGGUAGAAUAUUUUGUGGGCUUGGUUCUGCUAGAGCAGUUAACAGACGUUAUAUCAGUGACUGUGUGCCGCUUAAAAUCCGCAUGCAGGCUUCGGCAGGUUUUGUUAGUGCUAGUGCUCUAGGAAUGGCAUGCGGUCCCGCACUAGCUGGCUUACUUCAAACCAAGUUUACAAUAUACAACAUCACGUUCAAUCAAGACACUUUGCCCGGUUGGGUGAUGUCUGUGUUCUGGUUAAUGUAUCUUGUAUGGCUCUGGAUCUCGUUCAGAGAACCUGCUCGUGAGGCAGAAGACAGCCCCGUUCAACAAGAAUCUUCUGUUGAACAAGAUAAGCUUGAGAAAGGUCUUGUAGAACCUUUACUUUUAACGUCAACAGAAAACGAACAAGAUGAUGAAGAUGUGAGUGAAGAGGCUCCCGAAGAAUCUCGUAGACCAGCCAACUCAUUUGCUGAUGCCUACAGGUUACUCACUCCUUCCGUAAAGGUUCAAUUGCUGAUUUACUUUAUGCUUAAAUAUGCCAUGGAGAUUCUACUUUCGGAAUCAAGUGUUGUCACGACACACUAUUUCGGUUGGACCACGAGCUCAGUGUCUAUAUUUCUCUUCUGCUUAGGCCUAACUGUUCUUCCAGUAAACAUUGCUGUUGGAAGUUACCUAAGCAAUAUGUACGAGGACAGGCAAAUAUUGCUACUGUCUGAAAUUGUGGUCUUCCUGGGAAUACUCUUCAGCUUUAACCUUUUUGUCCCAUAUUCGGUGCCACAAUAUGUCGGCUCAGGCCUCAUCAUGUUUGUAGCUGCUGAAGUAUUGGAAGGAGUCAAUUUGUCACUUCUUUCGAGGGUGAUGUCGUCCAGGCUUUCUCGUGGGACCUACAAUGGGGGCCUUUUGUCGACCGAAGCUGGAACACUAGCAAGAGUUGUUGCAGAUGCGACUAUCACACUUGCAGGGUUCUUGGGAGAGAGUCAGCUCUUAAACAUCACUCUUCUUCCUUCUCUCGUGAUUUGCAUCGGCUCCAUUGUUGCCACCUGCUGUACAUACAAUUCUCUGUACUAAGUAUGACACAGCACAGCCUCUAUUUUUUUUUCUUUUUGGGGUAUUCGGACAAUAUCAUCGAGUCGAAUAGGAAUAAUCGAUGUUUGUUCAUUCUUUAUUAUUUCUUCCUCUCCUCAAAUGAUUAUAUAUUGCUAGAGUCCGAAGUUUUGAGUUUUGUUUUUGGUCCUUUUCGUCCUGUCUGUUGCACGGGUUUUGUCCUUUUCUAUUGGCUGUUGCAUGUCAAUGUUGUAAGUUAUUAUAAGGGAAGAAUAGUCCAUUUAUUUAUCUUUCAUUUUUCAUUU